UAGUUGUAUAUAAAAUGGGUAGGAGGAUAGAGGCCAACUUGUGAAAGAUUCAGUAGAGUUAAGCCCCCACAGCCAUCAAUUAUCACUUCUAUUUUAGUUAACAUGCUUAUUAUCCCAAGAGGCCUUUAAAUACAGAUUUUGUUCAUCUUGUGGCAAAAUAUCAAAAGCCCUUGCUUCUCUAAGUUACCUGAUAAAAGUCAUAUACACGAAUUAGAAACAAAGAUAUGGACUCAAGGAGACAAGAGCAGAAAGGAGAUAGCCUUUCUGAAGAGCUAACAGUUGAUUGGAGAGGCAGACCCUCGACUUACGAUAAACAUGGUGGCAUGAGAGCUGCUGCGUUUGUUCUUGGGGUACAAACAUUUGAGAUAAUGGCUAUAGCAGCAGUUGGUAAUAACCUUAUAACAUAUGUGACAAGUGAGAUGCACUUUUCGCUAUCGAAGGCAGCAAACAUAGUAACAAACUUCAUUGGGACCGUCUUUAUCCUUUCCCUCUUUGGUGGCCACCUUUCGGAUUCUUAUCUCGGGUGCUUCUGGACCAUGCUAAUCUUUGGGUUUAUUGAACUAUCUGGAUUCAUCCUGUUAUCGGUCCAAGCCCACCUCCCUCAACUGAAACCACCACAGUGCAACAUGCUAACAGAUGGCGAUCGAUGCAUAGAAGCCAAAGGAGUGGAGUCUUUAAUAUUCUUCGUGGCCCUCUACAUGGUAGCACUAGGGAGUGGCUGUGUGAAGCCAAACAUGUUGGCUCAUGGGGCUGAUCAAUUCAGCAGGAGCGACUCUAAGCAGUCCAAGAAGCUUUCCACCUACUUCAAUGCUGCCUACUUUGCAUUCUCUGUUGGCGAACUCAUUGCUCUAACUCUCAUUGUUUGGAUCCAAACACAUUCCGGUAUGGAUAUUGGGUUUGGGGUGUCUGCUAUUGUCAUGGCAAUGGGCCUGAUCUGCUUGGUUUCUGGUACCAUAUAUUAUCGAAACAAGCCACCUCGAGGAAGCGUUUUAGUCCCAAUUGCACAAGUUCUUGUUGCUGCAUUUUUAAAUAGGAGGCAAGCGUCCCAAUCUAAUCCUCAAAUGCUUCAUGGAAACCAAAAUGAACACUGGAACAGGAUUAUAAUGACAAAUGAGACUUCAAGUCUUGGUCAUACUGACCGGUUCAGGUUUUUAGAUAAUGCCUGCAUAAGAAGACAAGAAGGGAACAACAAUAAUGCAAAGGAAAGCCCAUGGAGGAUAUGCACUAUAAAUCAGGUUGAGCAAGUGAAGAUCCUAAUCUCAGUAAUCCCAAUAUUUGCCUGCACAAUUGUCUUUAAUACAAUCUUAGCACAACUGCAAACCUUCUCCGUGUCACAAGGAAGCGUGAUGAACAACGAAAUCACAAAAUCGUUCCAUAUUCCACCUGCCUCGCUGCAAGCCAUCCCUUAUAUCUUGCUAAUCUUUGUAGUUCCUCUCUAUGACUACUUUUUUGUUCCUUUUGCACGAAAAAUCACUGGUCAUGAUUCCGGAAUCACCCCUUUACAGCGUAUUGGGGUCGGCUUAUUUGUUGCCACCUUUUCCAUGGUCUCAGCUGCCCUUAUGGAGAAAAAGAGAAGGGAUUCAUUUUUAAUCAAUGAUCAAACAUUAUCCAUUUUUUGGAUAGCCCCACAGUUCUUGAUAUUUGGAGUAUCUGAAAUGUUUACAGCUGUGGGGUUGAUCGAGUUCUUUUACAAACAGAACUUGAAAGGGAUGCAGUCUUUGUUGACAGCUAUGACAUACUGUUCAUACUCCUUUGGAUUCUAUCUAAGCUCAGUGUAUGUUUCUCUGAUAAACAAGAUUACAUCCAGAUCAAAGGAUGGUGGUUGGCUUGGAGAUAAUGAUUUAAAUAAGGACAGAUUAGACCUUUUCUAUUGGGUAUUAGCAGGUGUAAGUUUGAUCAACUUCUUUAACUAUCUCUUCUGGGCAAGAUGGUAUAAUAAUUCACGUAAGUCCUCUUCGUCAUGCAAGCUGCAUCGUCAUUCAAUUGAAGAAGGAUUUCCUAAUACUUUCAACACUGCUAAAGUAGUUGAAGAUGGUGAUGUUCCUUAGUGUUUGACUUCUGAUUAAUGUGUAUUUAUGCAGUCAAGUAUUGUAGCUCAUAAUAAAUAAAAGUGCCUACUAAUGGAUAGUACUGUACGUAUUAAUUUAUAGAAACAUUUACAGGUGUUAUUUCCUUAUGUACUAAUUUAUAUCGGUAUAUGGAAGGGAAAGCUUUCAACUUUGUGAAACUUA